CUCUAGAGGAAAAACGGUCGAGGUUUUUCUUCGCUCGUCCAUCUGCUCUCUAGUUUCCAGCGGCCAUAUGUGAUCUAACCUCAUUCAUUGGGCUCUAGACGUACUCUGCGAGGUUUUUUCGUGCGUACUGUUCGGCUGCAUCGGUUGUUUUGUGGGGAGAAGCUGCGUGUUUCUGUCCCGGACGUCGGCCGUGUUUUUGGUGAGAGCCUCGGAGAGUCCGUCUCAGGCUGGGUGGUGACAGCACGGCAGCACGAUGAUCGAGAGACCCGACACCCAGCUCCCCAGCAUCGCCCAGAGAAACCUGGAGGGCUAUGUGGGUUUUGCCAAUCUCCCCAACCAGGUGUACCGGAAGUCGGUGAAAAGAGGCUUUGAGUUCACACUGAUGGUUGUAGGUGAGUCCGGCCUCGGGAAAUCCACCCUCAUCAACUCGCUCUUCCUCACCGACCUGUACUCCAAGGACUACCCCGGACCCUCGCAGCGCAUUAAGAAGACGGUGCAGGUGGAACAGUCCAAAGUGUUGAUCAAGGAGGGGGGAGUCCAGCUCACGCUCACCAUCGUGGACACACCGGGGUUCGGAGAUGCAGUGGACAACAGCAACUGCUGGCAGCCCGUCAUUAACUACAUCGACAGCAAGUGUGAGGACUUCCUGAACGCAGAGUCCAGAGUGAACCGCAGGUCCAUGCCCGACAACAGAGUGCACUGCUGCCUGUACUUCAUCGCCCCCUCUGGACAUGGACUGAAGCCGCUGGACAUCGAGUUCAUGAAGAGACUCCACGACAAAGUCAACGUCAUCCCUCUCAUCGCCAAAGCCGACACUCUGACCCCCGAAGAGUGCCAGCUCUUCAAGAAACAGAUCAUGAAAGAGAUUCAGGAGCACAAAAUCAAAAUUUACGAGUUCCCUGACACAGAAGACGACGAAGACAACAAACUCAUCCGCAAGAUCAAGGAGAAGAUGCCUCUGGCUGUGGUCGGCAGCAACGUGGUGAUCGAGGUGAACGGGAAGAAGGUCAGAGGUCGGCAGUACCCCUGGGGCGUGGCUGAAGAGGGCAUUUUUGUGGAGAAUGGCGAGCACUGCGACUUCACCGUGCUGCGCAACAUGCUCAUCAGGACCCACAUGCAGGAUCUGAAGGACGUCACCAACAACGUCCACUACGAGAACUACCGCAGUAAGAAGCUGGCCGCAGUCACCUGCAACGGCGUCGACACCUCCAAGACCAAAGGCCAGCUCACCAAGAGCCCGCUGGCUCAGAUGGAGGAGGAGCGCCGGGAGCACGUGAUGAAGAUGAAGAAGAUGGAGGCGGAGAUGGAGCAGGUGUUUGAGAUGAAGGUGAAGGAGAAGAAGCAGAAGCUGAAGGACUCGGAGGCCGAGCUGGAGCGACGCCACGAGCAGAUGAAGAGGAACCUGGAGGCGCAGUACAAGGAGCUGGAGGAGAAGAGGAGGGUGUUCGAGGAGGAGAAGACCAACUGGGAGGCUCAGCAGAGGAUCCUGGAGCAGCAGAAACUGGACGCCUCCAAGACGAUGGAGAAGAACAAGAAGAAAGGAAAAAUUUUCUGAGGAGAGACGCAGCCUCGCUUCACUUCACACAAACUCAUUUCUUCAUCGUCCCUCUGGACACACACACACACACACACACACACAAACACACACACACACACCACACACACACAC